AUGUUGUGCCCACAGCUCUUGGAGGCCGCGAAGGGAUCGUCGCUUCUGCUUGCGCGCGACGUACAACUCCCACAAGAGCAUGUGCGAGCCGCGUUUGAAUCGAUUCGUGCGGGUGAGCAAGGAUACGAGGUGCUCUACACUGUCACGGGUAACAACAACCGCGCAACGGAUAUUGUUCUCUGCCGUGACGCGCAGGAAGCAGCUAAGGUGCAGGAGUCAAUUGACGGCGCGCACGUUGACGUCUAUGCACUGUUGCACCAAAAGAAUGUAGCCGACGUGCACCCACGGCGGUCACCGCCUGCUUUGGCACCGAGGGGUGCGCUGUUCCGCCGAGAGUACCGAGUUGUGACGCGGGAGGAAGCGGAGGCGCGCGCGGCUACAGGCGCAAAAGCACCACCGGAAGUUGUGCCGUUGGGUGAAACACCGCCACCUGCUCUGGCACCGCUGAGUAAAUCCCCAGUGAGCGAGGCGCCACAGACCGCAGAGCGUGUAGAGACGCCGGCUGCACUGGUGAGGCUGACGGCUUACGAGGAGAUCGCGGCUCGUGGACCGGCAGCCGUGCCAGAGAGGCCCAAGCCCGCCCAGAGGGAGGCCGGGGAGAAGCGACAGAAGACACUCUUCGGCAGUCCAGUGGGUGGCGUGAAGCACGCCCGCCCAGCCGCCGGGCAAGCUACCAAGGCGGAGCCAAAACAGAAGAAGACCAAGGCUGCGACCCCAAAGGCGGAAAAGAGCGCAGGCACCACAAGCCUCAUGAAGUUGGCCAAGGCAUCGACUAAGAGGGAUAGCGGCAACAACAACGCGGGCUUUACAGCCACCACCAUGACCAAAACUAUCGGAAAGGGUUUCCUUGACGAGGAUGAAGAGGAGAAUCACCGCGAUAGCAGUUGUGGCAGCAGUAGAAGUGAUUCAUCACGAUGUGACGAAGGCUUUCUCGAGGAUACUGGGCCUGUCCUUGAUGUCAAUCUCACAGUAACGACGAACGAUGACAUUAUCAUUUGUGACGAUGCACCGCCCAUGGUGUUUCGCGCCGCUGAACCUGUUUUUAAUGCAGGAAAGAAAGAACCCAACUACCAGCAACAACAACAAAAGAAACAGUGUGAUGGCGCUGGUGGUAAUGCCCAACCGAAGCUCACAGGAUUCUUUCAGCAAGAGGUUGUGGCCUUCCAGAAGGCGUACACUCGCGAAGUGACGACCGACACUGUCUUUGAGAAUGGAGAAUAUAUUUGCAAGGACGUUGUGAGCUACCGCCAGAAUGAGAGCAAUGAAAUCAUUUCAGAGGAGGAGUAUCAUAGAAGAAGCGCGGAAAUCAUGUGUCGUUNUCAGGAGGCCGCACAGAAGGCGCAUCCUAAUAGAAGCAAUACCUCAUCUUCGAGCACUGGCGAUGCCACAGCGGCCUCUGUGGAGGCCGCGAGGGGCAGCAGGCCACCUAAGAUUGAGAAGCAAGUAAGAUCACAACCAAAGACGCUCAUAUCAUACUUUAACACAGCAUCGUCGUGA